AUGCAGUCUCAACAACGCCAGCAGGCCGUAGGAGGAAGCUGGCAAUUGGGAGCCAAUCAUCGCGUUGUACCUAAUGCGCCGACCGCAUCGAGGAGCCAUCCUCAUGAGUUGGCUUUAAUGCAGCAGCUAGUGAGGCUUCAACAGGAAAAUGCAAGCCUCAGAGACUACGCAGAAAGGGUAACCAAGGAGCUUAGAAGUGCUCGUCUUUCCCAAGCAGUGGCAGCUGCCGCCGUCGCAGCAGGUGGCAAUGCUCCUAGCGCAGCCUCAGCAAUGGCAACACAGCUUCAACAACAGGCAGAAACGCUGCCAUUGCCUCCUUGGUGUCUUAACAUGCAACUGGUCAGUCCACUGCUUGCUGCUUAUGACGAAAGGAUAUUGGAACUUCAGGAGGAAUCGAGGGAAAAGGAAAAGGUAAUUGAAGGAUUCAGUGCGAGAGUGGCAGGGGUAACCAGAGAAAACGAACAGCUAGCCGAAGAGCUUCGCAGUAAGACAGCCCGCCUUCACCAACUCUUUGAGGCCGAGGCUGGGGGCUCUUCAGGCGUCAAUGGAGGAGGAAAAACGUACAGCUCUCUCUUACAGGAAAGGAAUGAGCUGGAAGAGCUCUACACCCUAACGUCUGAACAAAGCGAGGUGCUCUUAAGCCAAAACCACCUACUUAAAUGCCAUGUACAACAGAGCGAAGCUGCGUUGGAAGAGAUGAGGUUGGUGAUAGCGGAAACGGAGAGACGGGCUGCUGCAGUUGCAGCAAAAGAAGAUUCGCUAACAAAGCAGGAGGACACAGUUGCGAAGCAGGCUCUGCAGCUGCAGGAAGCUAUUGAACAGAAGAACGAGCUCUCCAGGAAGCUUUCUUCAGCAGAACAGGAGGCGGAAAGGCUUUCCGGCACACUGGCCGACGUGAUGAGACAGCAGGAAGCCCUGCAGAAGGACCUGCAGAGAGAACGCACUGGAGCCGAGGCAGCUGCUUCUUUGCAGAAAGAGCUUGAUGCUUUGAAGCAACAGACGGAAGCUGCAAUGAGGGAGACAGCAGCUGCAAAGGAAGUCGCGGACUAUUUAGAGCAAAGACUGUCAGUUCAAGCGCAUGAUACGGAGGAAGCGCGGAAGCAGGCAGAGGGCUUCAGGCAACAGUUGCAUGCUGCUAUCGUUGAGAAAGAGAGGGCAGUUGCAAGCGCUGGGCUGUUGCAACGCCAUCUCGAUCAGCUAAGGGGGCAGCAUGAGGCGGAGAUGCAAAUUCUGCGGACUGCGCAGGGAGACACGUUGGAGAAGAGAGCACUGCAAGCCGAGGAACUAGCCGAGAAGUUGAGACUGCAACUGGAGGCGCUGCAACGAGCACACGGAGAGGCCGUGGUGAAGCUGGAGACGGCAGAAAGGAGAGCAGCUGCAGCAAGCGCAGAUGCUGAACAGGCAAGAAAUGAGCUUGCUACGUCGGCGAAACACCACCGGACUGUGCAGCAGCACCAGCAACAGGCGCAAGCUGCAGCUGAAGCGGAAGUAGCACGCUUGAAGGAAUCGUUAAACGCACAGAACAAGGACGCUGCAUCAAAGGCAGCUGCGCUAACGGCUUCCAAAAGGCAGCUGGAGGACAGCCUUGCAGCGGCAGAGACCAGCCGUAUCGCAUUACAACAGGAACAUGCCCUGUUGCAGCAAAAGUGUGAUCAGCUUCAGCAGACCUGCAGUACCCAACAGCAGCAGUUAGCUGAUGCGGCGACGAGGUUAGCAACAACAGAGGCAGAGAGGGAUGCGGCAAAGCGCAGGGCUGAGAGGGAGACGGCAGACGCCAAGAGGCGGUUUGAGAGUCUGACUGCUUUGGCAGAAGCAAAGGCGGCACGAAUACAGGAAGCUUCUGACAGGCGGCAGACGGCUGCAGCACAGAGGCUACUGGAGGAGCAACAACGGCAAGAACGGAUGAGAAAGGAAUCGGAGGAGCAGAAACAGCGCCUUCAGCAACAGCUGGCGAAGGCUGUUGCAGCAAAUGCAACACUAAGACAAAAAGUAAAUGAGCUCCUGAAUGGCCUUGACAAGACACUUCUACCAGAAUCACUUCUUGAUGAUGAUGCCGAGUCAGAUAUGUCUUCAUAG